CGUUUUGUUGUCAAUUAUGUAGUCUACACAUUUUAAAAGAAUACGACUCUCAACACGGAAUUUGCUUUCUCCAUUAUACUGUAUUGAUACGGCAAUAACAAAAUGCUUACAAAGUCGUAGACGCGGUGUGUUUUAUGAAAUAACAGUUUUACUGAGCUGUGGGCUAAUUCCUCACCUGAAAGCACUUUUCGCUGGCAUUUGAACGGAUAGUUGAGGCUUUGUUUCCUAAAAUUAGCAGUCUCGUAUCCUGAACGAGAGCGCGCUUGCUUGUGUCGAAAUUCUGCGGUCCUGUGUGUGUGCAAUAUUAUGUGUGUGUAUGUAUACAGUGUUGGGGAAAAAGUACCCUAUUGUCAUAUUUGAGUAAAAGGAAAGCUACUUUACUUUUACUUGAGCCAUGUUCCAUUGAGUCACCCAGUAAAAUACUACUUGAGUAAAAGUCUAAAAUUAUUUGGUUUUAAGGGUACUUAAGUAUCAAAAGUAAAAGUUUGAAAUUCCUUAUAUUAAGCGAACUACACGGAACUGUUGUUUUUAUUUUUUAUUUACGGAUAGCCAGGGGCACGCUCCGACACUCAGGCAUAAUUUACAAAUGACUCGUGUGUUUAGUGUGUCUGCCAGAUCAAAGGCAGUGGGAAUGACCUGGUAUGUUCCCUUGAUGUGUAGGAGUUGGACCAUUUUCCUCUCCUGCUAAGCAUUCCAAAUGUAAUGAGUACUUUUUGAUGUCGGGAAUAAUGUAUGGAGUAAAAAGUACAUAAUUUUCUUUAUAAAUGUAGUGAAGUAAAAAAUAUAAAUAGUAAAGUACAGAUGCCCCCAAAAACUACUUAAGUAUGACUCUAAAGAAAUUUGACUUGAGUACUUUACGUGUUUGCGCGUGUACGCUACCAUUAAAACGUUUUUUUGAAAGAAAAUCAUUUUUUUUGUUCAUUAAAAUAACAUCAAUUGAUCAGAAAUAAAGUGCAGACAUUGUUGCUGAUUUUUUUUUUUUAAAUGAUAAGGAUUAUCAACAUUGGCAUACAGAGGUCCAUUUAUCAGCAAUCAUCACUCCUGUGUUCCAAUGGCGUGAUUAUAAUUUCAAAAGGCUAAUUGAUCAUUGGAAAACCCUUUUGCAAUUAUGUUAGCUGAAAACUGUUGUUCUGAUUUAAAAAAGCAAUAAAACUGGCCUUAAGACUAGUUGAGUAUUAGGAGAAUCAGCAUUUGUGGGUUCGAUUACAGGCUCAAAUUGGCCAGAAACAAAACUUGUGAUUUUUUUAAUGCACUCUACAUUAUGAAUAUUGGACUUUUACCAUUUAUAGAUGGAUCAUUUUUUUAUUCUACAAUUAAUACAUCUGCUUUGUCAUCACACGAUUCAAUAGAUUACAUACAUUAUAUAAUAGGCUUUCUAACACAAAGUUUGUCAAAGUAAUGUGUGAAUGCUUGUAAAUGUGUUUUGAAUUGUUUUAAGAUUUUUUUCUCUCCCAUUUUAGGACAAAAUUGUCACAGCAAGUUCAAUCCCAAACCUUGGUAGGAUGGAUUAACCUCUAGAUUUGCCUGACUGGACACUCCAGGUGUCGGCAGCACCCAAUGUCCUUUCUACAUGAUGAGUGUGACCUGAGGAGGACUCUGGGUUUGUUAGACCGAACCGCUAACACUUCUGGACUCUUCCACCCAAGUUUCUCCCGCCGUUUGCCACUCGUACGGCACGGGGACUGACAUGAAGAAAGUGGCCCAGUGGUCAACGGAGGACGUACGCCAGUGGCUGACCAAUGAGGGAAUGCAGGAAUACUCUGAGGCCUUCCUCCACCUGGACGGCCAGGGCCUCCUGCAGCUCUCCAAGGCGGACUUCCAGACGGCCCCUCUGGUCCUUGUCACCUCGGACAGAGGCAGACAGCUUUUGGACAAGUUGGAGACUCUCAGAAUAGAGCACCACAUUGAAGCACAUAAAAAUGGGCAGGCCAACGGACACUCCAUCUUGACCGUCAUCAAUGAGGUAAAUGGGAACAAGCCCAAGAGUAACGGUCUGAUCAAUGGGUUUCACAAGGAACGGGUUCAGAUCCACAUGCCUGAGAUCAACCGCUCUCCGUUCCCUGAAGAGUGGGGGAAGACUGGCGUGGCUUGCAUCUACGCCAUGGUCUGCUUCGUCUGCACCACCAUCAUUAUCUCUGUGGUCCACGAACGCGUGCCUCCCAAAGAGGCUACUCCGCCCCUGCCAGACAAGUUCUUUGACUUUUUUGACCGAGUAGACUGGGCUUUUUCCAUAUGCGAAAUCAACGGCAUGAUACUGGUCGGCCUGUGGCUUCUACAGUUGACACUGUUAAAAUAUAGGUCCAUCGUUGGUCGACGUUUCUUCUUCAUCGUUGGCACACUGUACCUAUACAGGUGUAUCACCAUGUACAUAACCACACUCCCUGUGCCAGGAAUGCAUUUCAAGUGCUCUCCUAAGCUGUUUGGUGACUGGGAGUCCCAAAUGCGGCGAGUCAUGAAGAUGAUUGCAGGAGGAGGCCUCACCAUCACUGGCUCGCACCACAUGUGUGGGGACUACCUUUACAGUGGCCACACAGUCAUGCUGACACUCAGCUAUCUCUUCAUUAAAGAAUACUCUCCAAAACGGUUCUGGUGGUACCAUUUGAUCUGCUGGUUGCUAUGUGCUGUAGGCCUAUUCUGCAUUCUCUUGGCUCAUGACCACUACUCCAUAGAUGUGGUGGUGGCUUACUUCAUCACCACACGCCUAUUCUGGUGGUACCACACCAUGGCCAACCAGCAAGUGCUGAAGGAAUCAUCGCAGAGCAACUUUUUCUCAAGGGUGUGGUGGUACCGAAUUUUCCAGUACCUGGAACAGAAUGUCACAGGCAUCGUCCCUCGGAACUACCAGAUGCCGCUGUCAUGGCCACCGACCCAAUGGAGUCUAGUGAAGUACAGCCGUAUUGACACACAGUGCCCGUGACAGCAGGGAGUGACCCCCCCCCCCAGGAGGACAUGAUGGUGGGUCUCUUAACAACACUCUUUAAAGUGCCCCAUCUAAUCACAAGAAGAUGCCCUAUCUGUCGAACUUUGAUGCUGCUCCAUCUCCCUUUAAUGCUCUCCUGUAACACACUCCAGUCCAACUGGCUAGUACUGUGACAACCAUCGUUUCAGCCAAAACAUUUCACAUUGGAAAACAAUCAUUCUAUCCUCUCGAGGCUACUCUGAAAGUAAUGGUUUCCAGUGGGUGGAUCGCAAGCAUUUCAAAAGUGGGUCCAGAUCUAUUUCAGCUCGCAACAGGAAAUCUAUAGUUAAAGGCUAAUAUCUCCCUCUGUAACCGGUUACUGAAAUGUUAUUAAAUAAACAUGUUUGUCACAGCGAUUGGGCUGUUCCAAAAGUUUGGUGUUAUCAUGCUCAGAUGUUUUACCAAGUUUUGGUUCAAAAUAGCUUUGAGAACUGACCUGUCGUGAAGCAGGAGGCGUUUUUUGUAGUGACUUAUAUUUUUGUAGUUGUCUAAAAUAAGCUUGGCCAAGGUGUAAACUAUUUUCUAAGCAUAUAACAGGUUUAUUAUUCAAAUUAAUGCUUUAGAUUUUUACAGUUAGGAGACUAUAGCAAAAAGGAGAAAAUAAAUUAGUAACAAUAUUCCUCAGUGCCUUUCUUGUUGUGAUUGUACAGUAAGUGUAUCAGUGUCCUCAUUAAUGUUGACUUGAAUGACCGUUUUUAAAGUGCUACAUCAGUAUUUACACUUUAACAGAUAGGAGGGUGUUUAAAUGAACCUGAUGCUGAUCACCGAUUACAGCAUAGACAGUUGAGCAAUUACGACUCCAUUACAUUUUCUCCCUGUUUCUGAAUGUAAAGAAUCAUGAAAUUCUUUUAACCAUGUUAGUGUCUUUCCAAGUCAGUCAUGUUUGCUUAAAAAAAAAAGGACAUUUCUUAUUUUCCAUUGAUUUAUUUAUUACAUCGAUAAUUUCUUGUGUUUUUGCUUGGGAUAUUGGAUUCCCAUGUUAUUUCUUGCCUAUUAUGCCAAAUAGCUGCAUUGUUUGGGCUGUCCUUUGACCCAAAGAUUAGGUCAGUGUGAUGGAGAGGGAGGUUAAAAGCAAGGUUUUAUUGAGUGGUCCUGACAAUUUCUCAGCUUACUGAUGAUGACUGACCCAAAUGCCCCUCUCCUCAAUGUAUAUGUAUACCUCAGAAGUGUCGUGUUAACCAACCAAUGAGAAGAGCUGAUUAUGGUGUAACCAUGGAAGAAAUUAAUCCAAAAGGAAAUAAAUAAUAUUUAGCACACCUUAA